CGGAGCUAAGGUUAGGAACAGUCACGUGGUUUAUAUGUAGGGAGCAUACUGUAAGUAUCUUUGAGGAAGGAUAGUUUCUAAAACAAGAAUACUUGCUUCCAUCAGACAAUGAAAACUCUGUUGGUGUUUGACUUUGACCACACAGUGAUAGAUGAUAAUAGUGACACCUGGGUUGUUAAGUGCACUCCUGAGCAGGAUUUACCAGACUGGCUCAAAAACACCUAUCAGAAAGGGCACUGGACUGAAUAUAUGGGAAGGGUUCUCGCUUACAUAGGGGAUCAAGGAAUCAGAGAAGAUGCAAUAAGAACUGUUAUGGAAACUCUGCCUUAUACAGCUGGGAUGAUUGAUCUUUUGAAGUUCAUCAGUCAAAACAAAGAAAGAGUGGACUGCAUAAUAAUUUCAGACUCCAACACAAUUUUCAUUGACUGGAUUUUACAUGCAGCUGAUACUCAGUGUGCAGUCGACAAGGUUUUUACAAAUCCUGCACAUUUUGAUGACCGAGGUUACCUCAAUGUCCAGUGCUUUCAUUCUCAUUCCUGUGCACAAUGCCCUGUUAAUCUUUGCAAGAGAAAAGUAUUGGAAGACUUUUUAGAGAGACAGUUAAUGGCGGGUGUGCAAUAUCAACAAACCGUUUACAUUGGUGAUGGAGGGAAUGACCUUUGCCCCAUUAAAAGCUUAAAGAAAUCUGAUGUUGCUAUGCCCAGAAAGGGGUAUUCGUUGGAAAGGCUGAUUUCUAAGGUAAAUGCAGGUAAUUCAAGACGCCUUGAAGCUCGUGUUGUAGGCUGGUCAUCAGGUCUAGAUAUCCUCAAUGAGAUGAAUUCACUAAUGAAACAGUCAUGUUUGUAGUGCAGUUGUAAUAUUUGUCUGGUUUACAAAGCUUUAGCUCACGGGUCUUCCAAAAAAUGUUUUUUUUCAAAUAAAGUUUGUUAUAAAGAAACUGCUUUAGACAGUUGUUAAGAAGCCCAUAACGGUCUACAACAGUUUCAUGGAUGAUAAACUGUAUUUAUUCAUAAAUAUAACUGGAUUUAUUCAUAAAUCAGUUUGCAUUUUUAGGCCAUAGUAAUUCUGGGUUAUUAGCUUGUGCAUAAAAAUAUAUAUUUUUAUUUUCAACAUAAGCCUUGUCUACUUAAGAAUGUGUUCAGGAAAUAAAUCUGAUUUUUCUUUCCACGUUACUUGCAAUUCCCAAGAAGCCAGUGGAUACAGUGUCUGCAAUAGUCACUGGGAUUUGCUGUAGUAAUUGGGAUCUGUGUGUAUUCACUCACUAUUGAGAUUUUUAACUGUGUAAAAUCUAUAUCCGUAUAUCUCUUUCGCCCUUUCAAACUUUUCUAGCAAAUUUUCACAAAUGUAAUUGAAUUGUACCAAAUAAGAGAUAUCACCUUGAAGUGAAGUAAUUAUAAGAUGGCUCUUUUGAGAAACAAGAAUAAUGAUAAUGAUAUUUUGUAUUUUAAAACCCUUUUUCUUGAAGAAUGUGUUUAAGUCCUAUGUCUUGUUCAUGAAAUGCUUGAAUGAGCCUCAGUUUAUA